AUGCAAUACCACGCUUUCCCAGUGCUUAAUCAGCAAUUUUUAGUUGAUACUAAAUAUGAGUUUAUGCGCGAAUUGGGUCAAGGAGCCUAUGGUGUAGUUUGUGCAGCAAAAAACACCGAAACUGGUGAACAGGUGGCAAUUAAAAAAGUAACAAAGGUCUUUGAGAAAAAUAUUCUGGCAAAACGCGCAUUGCGAGAAGUGAAACUAUUGAGGCAUUUUAACGGUCAUGAAAACAUUACAUCGAUUUUAGACAUGGAUAUUACCAAUGUUCAAGAUUUCAACGAAAUUUAUUUAUUCCAAGAGCUCAUGGAGGCUGACCUUCACCAAAUUAUACGAUCCGAACAACCAUUGACUGAUGCGCAUUUUCAAUAUUUUAUAUAUCAAAUCUGUCGAGGAUUAAAAUAUAUUCAUUCGGCUAAUGUCUUGCAUAGGGAUUUGAAGCCUGGAAAUCUAUUAGUAAAUGCAGAUUGUGAACUUAAGAUAUGUGAUUUUGGUCUUGCACGUGGUUUCUCUGAUUCACCAGAUCAUAAUGCUGGUUUCAUGACUGAAUAUGUCGCGACGAGGUGGUAUCGGGCACCCGAAAUUAUGUUGAGUUUUCAGAACUAUACAAAAGCUAUUGAUAUGUGGUCCGUUGGUUGCAUCUUUGCUGAAAUGUUGGGCGGGAAACCUUUAUUUAAGGGUCGCGAUUAUGUUGAUCAAUUAAACCAAAUUUUAGGAAUCUUGGGUACACCCGAUGAAGAAACUUUGAGGAGAGUUGGAAGUGAUCGGGCUCAGAUUUAUAUUCGUAGUUUACCAAGAAUGCCAAAAAUUCACUUUUCAACACUUUAUCCAAAAGCAAAUCCUUUAGCUCUCGAUUUACUCGAAAAACUCUUGAAAUUUGAUCCCGCAACUAGGAUUACAGUGGAGCAAGCACUAGCACAUUCAUAUUUGGCAGCAUAUCAUGAUGAAGAGGAUGAGCCUGCUCAUGAACAUAUGUUUGAUUUUUCGUUUGAAUCUGUAGAUUUAAUAGAAGAUAUGAAAAAAAUGAUUGCCCAAGAAGUUAUGUCUUUUAAAGCUUCAAAACAAGCAGCCUUGGGUUUAAAUGGAGCGCAACUGGGUCGUAAACCAAGUUUAUCGGCUCCUGAACGUGAUCUAUUAUCUCAACAACGUCAACAAAAUAAUAAUCGUAAUUCCAUAUAUGAAUAUGGCGCUGCUAGCCAACACGCCGCCAUUCCUUCAGCAAGCAUGGAAGUGGAUGAGCAAUUAGAACAUGAGCUAGGCGGAUUUGUUAAUUAA